AUGAAAAAUUUUACUAAGUAUCAAGAUGAACAUGAUGAAUUUCUUCAUCCAUUAUGGUUGGGUAUAUUAUUGUUAUUUAUUGUAAUAGUUAUUAUUAGUAUAUCAUGUUUUAUACGAAAAAAAUUUGGUUCAUCAAUAUGUCAUUUAUUUAAUCGAUUAUGUUGUAGAAAUGAAUUAAAUAAUGAACAUAAUUCAAAAACUAAUAAACACUUACAAAUAGAAAAUGCAUAUAAUUGGGCACCUAUCUUUAUUCCAUCUAGAAGUGUAUCACCUAAACUACGUACAUUAGUUCGAAGUAUUCGAAUGGGUAGUCUUGAAAAACAAUUAUCUAUUCAAAUUAGAAAUAAGAAUGAAAGCAAUAGUUCUGAAAAUGAUAUAUUUUCAAUAGUUGAUGAAUCGGAUCGUGUUCAAACAUCUUCAUGUCAAAAUUCUUCUCAAUCAAUUCAAGAAUCAAGUAAUAAUCGAAAUUGUGAAACAGCUCGAAAAUUUUAUGCAAGUAUGCGUCAAACAAGUGUAUAUCAAAAUACAAUGUCAAUUGAUAGUUAUGAUAAUCAACCUUCAUUAUCAACAAAGAAUUCUUUAAUGAAAGCAAAUAGAGUUGAAAAACGAAAAAAUUUUCGUACACCACAUCAUUUUUUUCGAUCAAUAACAUAUAGAUGUUAA